CGGCCCUAAACCGUUUCCCAUUCAUUUCCAAUGGUAGUCCUAAACCACUACGGACGCAAUAUAUUUUUGACCACUAUGCCGUGGUGGCGCUGUCCAAUCUCAUGUCCGGGAGUGACACGCCCCCCUCCUUGCUUGGAUUCAGAAGAAGGCAACUUUCCGGCUUUUCGACUGAGAUUUUUAGGAGAAAUUACCGGCGUUACGCGGAGAAGGGGAAACAUAUCAAAGAAAAGCGAUAUCUUCACAUCCAUCCUUCUUCAUUUUAUUAGGUCAAAAUGAAGAAGACCAUUUUUUAUCCAGGGAGACGAAGUGUGGUUUUCCGCAAGGGGCCUCUUGGCUUCCUUCUUCAGGAUCCCUCUCCUGAGGCCAAGAAGAUAAAAAAUAAUCCCAGUCUGUGGGACAAGUCUGAGCCUAAGAGAGAGGAUGUUGUGCGGCAGAAUGCUUUGACUGUGGUCCGGGAAAGAGGAGGGGAUGUCACAGAUGUGUCAGAGGUCCUGGGAGAUUACAGCCUCCAAUUUGGAAAGUACAAAGGGAAGUGUUUCCGAUGGCUCUUGGAAAAUGAUGCAGGUUACACUUUGUACCUCAUCAGAAACCUCCAGAAGGAGGAGGAAGCUGGGAUCUGUAUAACUGAGAGCCUUAGCAAAGUCAACCUGUUAACUUUUGUUAAAUAUGCUCUCAGUUUUAAAGAGAUUAAAGAUGCCCUGGACUAUGAAGCCAGCAAAAUUACAGCAGCCUCUUCUGAAGAUGACCAGCUGGUUGGUUUUGGCUCUCGGGCCAAGAGCACUUGGAAAGAAAUUUGGGAUGGAAGAGAAGAUGGCUAUGCUGAUUUCAUACUGAAGAAGAGCUGCCUUCAUGGGACCAGGAUGCAGAAGCUGCAGCAGUACCUGCUCAAGAAAGAAGAAACAAACCAAAAGGUGUCUUUCUUGCGGACAGCCUAAGUCUCGUUAUGAGACUUCUGGCUCCUCCGUUCACAUCUUCUUUCAGUAGGGGCCCGUUAAGUACUUUUACUGCUCUAAAAAGGUUUAUGAUACAUACGCUGCAGAUGGACUAUCAAAGCCCAACAUGACCUUUGAGGAGUUCUCCACCACCACUUUUUUCCUAAAGGAACUCCUGGAAACCAAGAAGCGGGUGGAUGAGAGGGCUGAAAAGAAAAGAAAAAGAACAGAACCUCAGCCAACUGGCCGGGUUUGCAGGUUCUGCCACAUGGACCUCAAACAAGGUCCCAACAGCCCACACAUCCACUCUGGGUUCCCUGGUGUGGCAGGGAAAUACAUAUAUUGUCCUGCAAAGGUUCUGUCCAUGUACAAGUCUCAGGGUAUGGCUAAGGAGAUGACUUGGAAGGAAUUCUGCAAAUCACCUUUUUAUGAGGCAGAGCGACAAAGAUGGGUGGCUGAAAAGAAAAAAUAAAUAUUACAUGGUUCUAUUGAGAUGUUUAGGUAUUCUAUUAUUAUUCUAUAUUCCAUAUAUUUAUAUAGAUAAAAAAAAAUCUAAAUAUGCUGUAAAUAU